AUUGGGAUAUUUUACAUCAUACCGGCUGUUCAAUUAGUAUUAGUGUACCAGAAUCUUGUGUUCUAUUCGGGAAAUGAGGAUGUCUGCUACUACAAUUUUAAAUGUAGUCGACCUUUGGGGAGUUUGAGAUCAUUCAAUAGCUUCUUCAGUAACAUUGGCUAUAUAAUGUUAGGAGCCUUAUUUAUAAUCUUGGUUUCUGGAAAAAAAUAUUUCUAUGUUCGGGCGGCAAAUAAGUGUAUCGCACUUGCCAAGGGAUAUGGAGUUCCACAGCGCUUUGGGCUUUAUUUCACUAUAGGUUUUGCCAUGAUAUUAGAAGGAAUCCUCAGCGCUACUUACCACAUCUGUCCUAAUAGAUCGAAUUUUCAAUUUGAUACAUCAUUCAUGUACAUCAUUGCUAUUUUAAUCAUGGUCCAGCUUUAUAUUGUUCGUCAUCCAGAUUUGAUCGCUAGUGCACACCUAAUAUUCGCUUCAUUUACCAUAAUCGUUGGCCUAUGUGUCAUUGGCGUUCUAACGGAUGCCUCUCGAGGUGCAUGGAUUGCUUUCGCAGUAUUUCAUAUCGCCGUAGUCGGUGCAUUAACGAUCCAAUAUUAUCGUUUUGGAACAUUUAAAUUCGGUAAGCAUAUAAAAUUGCAUUUCAGAGUUAUUCAUAGCCAUAAUUAUGAUUUUUACGUUACUUUCUGUUUUAAUCCAAGCUUUCAUUGCCAUACUGAUAGUAUUUUUGUUAUAUUGUUAAAAAGGAUGAUAUAUUAUCUUGCUGCAGCUCCUGAAGAUUUCGGUAGUUUCAUCCUGGCUAUUCUUUUGGUUAACCUUGCCUUAUAUUUAUUUUACUACAUUUAUAAAAAGAUAUCCUUCCAAUACUCUGAAAAAAAAACGAUGCCUUGGUUACCGAUGGUCUUAUUUGCUAUAACAAUUGCGUUAUGGGGAUUAGCCUUGCACUUCUAUUUUCAAGCUGGAUCAAACUGGCUGUAUACACCUGCUAAGUCACGAGAGUACAAUCGAGAUUGUAUAGUUAUGGACUUUUAUGAUACUCAUGAUAUCUGGCAUAUGCUUUCCGCUGGUGGAAUCUUUUGCUUUCUCUUGGUCCUGUUUACGUUAGAUGAUGACCUUCUUGAACUCCCAAGAAACAAAAUUCAUCUGUUCUAA